AUGUUCGCAAGACUUGCUAGGCCCCUGCGCUCGACCGCUGCUGCUCAACGGCGCCUUGCCUCCACCAAGACCCUCCGGGAGACUCUGGAGGAGGUCAUCCCUGCUAAGCAGGCCGCUCUGAAGCAACUGAAAGCCGAGCAUGGCCACAAGAAGGUCCAAGAGACCACCGUCGAGCAGGUCAUUGGCGGCAUGCGCGGUAUCCGUGCUAUGCUCUGGGAUGCCUCCGUCCUUGACCCCAACGAGGGCAUUCGCUUCCACGGCCUCUCCAUACCCGAGUGUCAAGAGAAGCUGCCGGCCGCGCCGGGCGGCAAAGAGAUCUUGCCGGAGAGUAUGCUCUGGUUCCUCAUGACAGGACAAAUCCCUACACCCGAGCAGACCCGCCAGCUUUCUGCCGAGCUUGCUGAACGCGGAGAGCUGCCGAAGUAUGUCGAGCAGCUCAUUGACUCACUACCAGAGACCUUGCAUCCCAUGACACAACUUGGUAUGGGCGUAGCUGCACUCAACCACGACUCGCACUUCCAGAAGGCGUACGAGCGCGGGGUCAAGAAGACUGAGUACUGGACACACGCAUACGAAGAUGCGAUCACGCUCAUCGCGCGCUUACCUGCUCUUUCUGCGCGUAUCUACCGCAACAUCUACAUGAAAGGCUCUGGGAAGGAGACGCCGGCCAUUGACAAGGGCAAGGAUCUCGUCGGCAACUACACCAACAUGCUUGGCUUUGGCGCAAACGAAGAUCUUACAGAGUACCUCCGUCUGUACAUUGCACUCCAUGGUGACCAUGAAGGUGGCAAUGCUUCAGCACAUACUUCUCACCUCAUUGGCUCCACCCUGGCGGAUCCAUACCUCUCAUACGCCGGUGCACUAUAUGCUCUCGCUGGUCCUUUGCACGGGCUUGCCAACCAGGAGGUUCUCCGUUGGCAGCUCGCCAUGCAGGAGAAGCUCGGCGAGGAAAACAUCAACCACGACUCGAUCCGCGAGUUCCUUUGGGCGACGCUUAAGUCCGGCCAAGUCGUGCCAGGCUACGGUCACGGUGUUCUUCGCUCCCCAGACCCUCGCUUCAUCGCUCUUCAGAAGUUCUGCGACGCGCGCCCAGGACUACUCGCAGACCCUACCGUCAAGCUCGUGAAGCAGACGUUCGAGGUCGCACCGGACGUACUCAAGGAACAUGGCAAGAGCAAGAACCCGUGGCCGAACGUCGAUGCCGCGAGUGGAUGCGUGCUGUACCACUAUGGGCUCCGCGAGUUCAAAUACUACACGGUCAUCUUUGGCGUGAGUCGCGCACUGGGCUGUCUCACGCAGAUUGUGUGGGCUCGGGCCUUGGGUCUGCCGAUUGAGAGGCCCAAGUCGCUGUCGAUCGAUGCUUUGAAGAAGGAGAUCGGCGUGUAG